AGAAAACCGAUAACAAUCAAUCCAUAAAGAACACGGACAUCGAUCAUAACCUAUAACAUCAACAUCGGAUACACAAAAAGUUUGUUUCUGCAUUAAAUAAAUCAUAGAACUGGAGAAAAAUAAAGCGUCAUUUUGCACAUAAUGCAUUCUUAGUUAUGCUGAUACAUCCAUAUACUACGCCUCAACACUAAGUCCUUUUCCAUGCAUGGUCGAGGGAUGGCAUCUCAGCAAAUCCAUGCGUGGCAAAAUUCACACCUGCCACAAACUGGCCACGUUGCCCUUCGUCUCCAUAUUGCAAAUGUGUAUGCCCCUGCAUUUCUUUUUCAACUUCAACACGCGCUUCCUCUUUUGUCCUUCCAGAAGGACCAAGGAAUAAGCAUAUUCAAAUUUCAACCUCAAAACCAAGUCAUGACUUUAGACAUGUUGACUUUACAGCGUCACAUGGUUUUAUUAUGCGUUUACUUCUUCAAAGCCAAAGACACUAAUGACUUCCAGACCUGUCAUCAUUUUCAAACUCAAAUCUGACCCGCAAGUUCUUUGCGAAAUUCUUCAUUGAAUUCUCAUCUUCACAUAAGGUCUAUCAAUUCUAAUCUAUUCUUGCUUACUAGCUAGUUACUAUAUCCGAAACCCAAUUGAUUAUGCAGAUGCUGGUUCCCUUGUAUCACAAGAGUAGCUGUGAGCUGUGCGUUCGGCUUAUUCCAAUCCAAGUUUAGACCAUUCAUAGGACCGACAGCGGAAGAACAGCAAAAUGAGCUCGCCCCUGUUGCACGAAUUCAGAAAGCGAGCUUCUUUCUUCCUCAAGGAGAAAAUCAAGACAGCUAGAUUAGCACUCACUGAUGUCACCCCUGCACAGUUGAUGACAGAAGAGGCUACAAAUGGAAAUCCAUGGCCCCCGGCUUCGCCGACACUCAGAUUAAUUUCUAGAGCUGCUUUUGAACUUGAAGAGUAUUGGAGGAUCGUCGAGAUUCUGCACAAAAGAUUGCUUAAAUUUGAAAAGAAGGAUUGGAGGGCCUCUUACAAUUCUCUGAUUUUGCUCGACUACCUACUAACUCAUGGGCCGGAAAGUGUUGCAGUGGAAUUCCAGAGCGACAAAGAUGUUAUUAAUCAGAUGAAAGGCUUUCAGCAUAUUGAUGACAGAAGGUUCAAUUGGGGCCUAACUCUCCAGAAGAAAUCGGAACGCAUAUUGAUGCUGCUGGAAGAUGGGCCACUUCUAAAGGGAGAGAGGGAACGUGCUCGGAAAGUAACCAGAGGAAUUCAAGGUUUUGGGAGUUUCAGCGAACGGUCAGCUCCAAGAGAAGCAUCAUCGUCAACACCAUUCGGCAGAUGUCACUCGGACUUCAACAACCAUCACACUGUAGAAUUUGAAACGAUGUACUCUCGUGAUGAUUUGGGUGAAAUUGGUAUGCUUCAGAAUUCUGAUACAAGCACGAAAGAAGACAUGGCUGCUGGAAAGAAAGAGGAGUCACAUCUGUGGAACUUGAAAGAGGAGUCUGAUCCAAUGAUAAACCGUGGCAAAGGAUAUUCCAGGCUUCAUAUGUUCAUGGACGAACAAGAAUAUGAUCACCCAUUUAAUUCUACAGAUAUGCAUGUCAAUGCUUCCCUGCUUUCUGCUGGAGACAGAAUACUCCAACGCUGCUAAUUAUCUGUCUUUAGUUUGCAAAAUUUGCGUAUUCCUUGACAGAAGACCAACAUGGACUGGGCUACCAACCUCCUCCAGUUACUGCAAUGUAAAGGGUUCGCCACUCGGCCUCUCAAUUUUUUUUCAAGAAAAAAUAUAGCAAGUUAUUGUGUUCUUAUGAUUACAUAAACAACGCUGUUGCGAUGCUGCUAUUUCAGUAUUCAGUCGUGAAAUGAACAUGCAUUUGGCUAUUUUUUGGUUUAAUCAGGAGCCAUAUGCGGCACAAAUUAAGGCAGCCUAAUUUUCUUUCA